CCGCCCAGCGCGCCCUCGGCUGCGCAUGCGUCUGCGGCGGGAGCGCGCCGUCCUGGUGUACGAUAGGUCGGAUUCGCGCGGCUAGAGUGCGAUUGGAGGAGAGUAGAAGUGACGUCGGUCGUAGGCUUUGCUGCUUCCGGGCUCUGGCCCCGCCCGCCGUGUCCAUGGAAACCUCACAGACGCCGAAAUACAGACGUGGUGCGCUUGAGGGAAAGCCAUGCAGACUCCAGGGCCCGGUACCGGAGAGGAGAACGGUGAGAGAAACGGGACACCGGCUGGUACCAGUCAGGAGGCGAACAGAGAGCCUGGUACCAGUGGGCAAGAAUCUGACAGAGGACAUGACACCAGUGAGGAGACUCCAAGAGAGACUGAUAUUGCUGAUUCCACCAAUCAGGAGACUGCAGGAGAGCCUGGCACCACUAAUGAGGGUGACGCCACUGAAAUCACUGCCGCAGAGCCUGGCACCGCCAAUAGGGAGGGCGAAACCACUGAAAUGACUGCUGGGGAGCCUGACACCACCAAUCAGGAGGGUGACACAGCUAAAAUGACUGCCGGAGAGCCUGACACCACCAAUCAGGAGUGUGGCACUGUUGACACGACUACCGGAGAGCCUGAUACCACCAAUGAGGAGGGUGACACCACUGAAAUGACUGCUGGAGAGCCCAGCAAAGCCAACAGAAAUGACACCUCCAAUGAAGAAGGUGACACCAUUGAUGUGACUGCCGGAGAGCGCAAGACGGAUGGAGACCAGGCCUCCAAUCAGGAAGGUGAUGCCACUGACGUGCCUACCGGAGAGGCUGGUGGCGAUCCAGAUACGGAAAGAGAACUUGGCACCAGUGAGUCAAUGGGAGUGGGGGAGGGAAAGACUGGCGCUGAUCAGGAUAUCUCAUCAGAAGACCAGAAGGAAGAACUGGACAUUGCUAACCUUACAACCGGCGAGGAGGAGGAAGCGUUGAAGGUGACUGAUGGUCCCGCCCUUGAGGAUCCAAGCUCAGCUAGAUAUGAAGAAAUGCCUAGUGAGCCCCCUGAGGAGCAGGAGGACACCCAAGAAGCCUGGGAGAAUGAAGAACCUAAACCACAAGAGGAAGAAGACUCUACGCCCCAAGACAGUUCUGAUGACCCAUAUGAAGAUGAAGAGGUCCGAGAAGCUCUUAUACAACAGUACCAGUCACUGCUUACAGAAAAGGAGAAGGUGCAGCAGCAGAACUCUCACUUCCAACAUAAACUCUACGAGUACUUCCGCCGAAAGAAAGGAGAAGACACCCGGCCAGAGAUGGAGAAGCACGUCUCCGACCAAGAACAGCGCUACCUGAAGUACCUGGCCACGCUGGAGGAGAUGAGGAAGACGUUUAGAGAAGACACGGUCCUGCAUGAGCAGCAGAUUGAAGAGCUCAGGGUCCGCUGUCAGGAAGUCGUAAGUGAAGUGGACAAGGAGUGGGCUGCUUUCCAAGAGCAGAAGAAGAAAGUCGCUUUAUAUGUCGUUAACCGAGGUGCCGGGAAACACGCCGCAUCGACCUUUUCUCAAGAAAUAGUCCAGCUCCAAGCCAAGGAAGAGCGCAAGGAGAAGGAAGUAAUACAGGUCCGCCUGGAGAACAUCAAACUCAAGAACCAGAUCAAUCACCACGACUUUACCUUGCGCUCCAAAGAGGAGCUAGCUGAAGGUUUGCACCUCAUCGACUUCGAGCAGCUUAAGAUCGAAAACCAGACCUACAACGAGAAGAUCGAGGAGAGAAACGAGGAGCUCCUCAAACUAAGAAAAAAGAUUACCAACACCGUGCAAGUGCUGACUCACCUGAAAGAAAAGCUGCAGUUUGUGCAGGUCGAAAACCAAGACCAGAAGGACCGGCUGAUGGAAAUCGAGGCCUUGGUGGCUCACAAGAGGGACAUUCUAACGAGAACAAAGCAGGCCAGAGACAGCCUGAGGAUGGACAACCUGAACCUCAAACAAAAAUGUGGGCUGCUUGGUAACGAGACUUUACUUCGAGACUUUGAGGAGAAGGUCGAUGCCACCGAGGAGCUUCGCCAGAAACUGGAGGACCUGAAACGUCGUCAUGCUGAGCUAACCCUGUCCAGCAAGGGAGUGAUGAAGAAAAUACAAGACUCCAAGUUCGUUCUAGAAAGUUAAUAUUCCAAUGUGAGUGCAGCACAGAAAAGUGGUACCUUCAUCCUGGCCAAUCCAAAGCAUGGAAAGGGUGAGAGAGAAAUGUGUGGGCACCAUCAUAGAUUACACAUAAUAUGAUAGUUAAAAGUAUAAAAAAAAUCUCUUUAUUAAAGUAAAAC